UGGCCCAGUACCCGUUCGAGGACCACAACCCGCCCCAGCUGGAGCUGAUCAGGCCCUUCUGCGAAGACCUGGACCAGUGGCUGAGCGAGGACGAGCAGCACGUCGCCGCCAUCCACUGCAAGGCCGGAAAGGGUCGCACCGGGGUCAUGAUCUGCGCCUACCUGCUGCACCGAGGGAAGUUCAGCGAGGCACAGGAGGCACUCGACUUCUACGGGGAGGUGCGCACCCGAGACAAGAAGGGCGUGACGAUCCCCAGUCAGCGGCGCUACGUUAUCUACUACAGCUUCCUGCUGAGGAACCAGCUGCUCUACAGACCCGUAGCUCUGCUCUUCCACAAGAUGCUGUUUGAAACCAUCCCCAUGUUCACCGGGGGAACCUGCAAUCCUCAGUUCGUGGUGUACCAGCUGAAGGUGAAGAUCCACACCUCCAACCCCUCUAACACCCGGCGGGAAGACAAGCUCAUGCUGUUUGAGUUCCCUCAGCCACUUCCUGUCUGCGGAGACAUCAAGGUGGAGUUCUUCCACAAGCAGAACAAGAUGAUGAAGAAGGAAAAGAUGUUCCACUUCUGGGUGAACACCUUCUUCAUCCCGGGCCCGGAGGAGACCCCUGGGGAGAAGCUGGAGAACGGCAGCGCCGCGCCGGACCGGACGCAGGGGAUGAUGAUGAUGACAGCGACGAUGAUGAUGACGGGCGGAGACGACAGAGACUUCCUGGUUCUCACGCUGACCAAGAACGACCUAGACAAGGCCAACAAAGAUAAGGCCAACAGGAACUUCUCCCCAAACUUCAAGGUGAAGCUGUACUUCACGAAGACGGUGGAGGAGGGAGCGAACUCUGACGCCAGCAGCACAUCGGCCUCGGUGACGCCGGACGUCAGCGACAACGAGCCGGAUCACUACCGCUACUCCGACACCACGGACUCGGACCCGGAGAACGAGCCCUUCGAAGACGACCAUCACGAUCAGAUCACUAAAGUCUGACACGCACACACGCACACACACUCACACACUCACACACACAUACAGAUAUAUAUGUGUAUAUAUAUAUAUUCAGUAUGUUUACACUCAUGAACCCCAAACUAAGACGUGUUGUUAGCUAACGGGGAUUAUAACCGACGGACUGCGUCUGAUCUGCAGGACUCUCAGAGCUCAGAUUAUAAGACCCCCCCCCCCAGCUGGACAAUCACAUGACAUGGCGGUCGGAGGAGGCGGGGCUAAGCUUGUGGGCGGGGCCAGCGAACGGACAAUAAGACCGAUGAAUGGACAGACGGGAGGUUUUAAAGAAUAAAGGAGUAAAACUUGAAUAUAAACAAACAUAAAGACAAGUAGACUUCUUUAGUGACCACAUGUUUGUUGGAAACCCCUGUCCUUCCUUCGUAGGGAACUUUAUGCAGACCAAUCUUCUUUUUGUUUCCCCAUCUUUUACAUUUCAUUGAGCUGUUUCUGAACGUUGACUCUUCUCUCCGGGUGCGUGCGACUCAUUUUUAAGACCAAAUCUCCAGAAGAAACCUUUUCAUUGAACAUCAGCUCUCGAAGCCAAUAAGGAAGUUAUUAUGCUGUAAAUCUGCAGUCACUCUUUUAUUGACUGCUCCUACCAAUCAUUAUCCAUGAAUCUGCAGAUUAUUCCCUAGUGUAUGGCUUUGGUAAACGUCCAUCCAGUUCCUCAGAGUCCAAGGUUAUGUUUUAAAUCAAAUCUGUAGAUUAGAGAGGCUGGAAACAGACUUUAAAGACAUCACUUUAGCCAUCAAUCAUCAAAACAGAGAUGUUCUCAUGACUAAUUGCCACGACAUUAUUAUGCUUUAAUCAGCAGAUUUCCCCUCUUGUUAAACUGGCCGUGGGAUCAAUUAAAUUAAAUCAAAAUGUUUGAAUUUGAUCAGGUAGAACUGAACUUAGGUGGGCCAAAUGUAGAUGGGCAUUGUUAUGACAUAACGUCCUGAUUGUAUAUUCCCACACAUCAACAAAAAGAUUAAACCUGAACUUUUCGCUUCUGUUAUUCAAAAUAUUUAGAUGUUUUAAACCCAGGAUGAUUUCUGGUGUUCUUGACGUUGGAAAACCUCGCGUCCUGUUUUUGGUCCGAUCUGGACCGGCUUUGAGACGGAGCCGCUCUCAGAGAGAAGAGUCGGCUUUAAGGAAAGAAACUUCACAAUCUCCUGUUAAAACACAGACAGUACAAUCCUACUGUGAACAAAGCUACUCUCUGUCCGUCUGUCUUCAGUUUUGCACAGUUUCAAUCCUGCAGUUAAAAUGUAUUUUUGUUAUACUCUGACUUAUAUCAAACGUAAGCUAACACACACACACACACAGUAUAACCAUUCCUUCAGCCGGAUCUGCUUCUGAGCUAAACGUAGACUAACGCACCUCGACACAAACUGAAGAGAUGACCGACUGCAGAGCGCUGGUUGUUGUUCUGCUCUUUAUAAAGGACUGACUAUCGAGGCGCAUUUCAGACCAACUCCCUCCAGGAAAGCCGUUCGAGCUCCUGUAGUGCCGCUUUCUGUUCAGCUGGAAGUCCUUUGUUAUAAAGCUGCCGUUUGUAAGGGUUUACGAUCAGAGUUUCUCAACGUUUGGGUCAGAACACAACGAGGGUUUGUGGAUAGAGAGGUCUUCGCUUGGUAGAUUCUCAGGACAAUCGAAGAGAGCAAACCUCCACAAGUGAGAAAUCCUCUCCACAAUUUGAAGGCUUCUUCUUUGAUCUUUCCACCAAUCUUCCUGAAGUUUGGGCUGCUAGUCUUUCCGUUAUCCUGCAGUCAAACCACACACGCACUCAGCUUGGCGCCGGUAAAGAUCUCCGCUCUCUGAACACGUGUUUUUGGGAUCUGAAACCACUAAAUGUUGAGAAGCUCUGCUCUACCAAAGUGCCAGCAGUCUGUUGUUAGCGUGACUCCAGCCGGUCUCCAUGGUGUCGAGGUUCAGCCUCUGUUUGGGUGAUGCUCUAUCACUAAUAUUACUCUGUUCAUAGACUAUUAAUCGUUUAACUCGUUACUACUUCUUCUUGGCGACAUUUAAGCACUCAAACUCGAGCUGUACCUUUUAACGCCGGGAACACUUUGAGGAUCACAUUCACAUGUGUCUGGGUUUUACUGAAGAACAUUCGGCAUGCUCCGGUUCAGAUCGUAGACUCAAUCCCAAACUAAUCACCAACCGGUUCCUGUUCUCUGGGCUAGAACCACAUGUUGGGCCUCUUCAUGCACAACAUAAACCUUCUCCUAAAGGUGCAAACUAACUUCUAGAGGAUUCAUUUGAGACGGUACUGGAUCGGAGCAUCCCUGAUGAUCCUCUGAAGGAACAUCUUCCUCCAGACCGGGAGUAGGUCGAGGUUUUAGUCCUGAUGUCUGAUUUCCGUCCUUACAUUUGGUGCUACUACCUAUCACUGGCUCUGCGUUGGUCCUGUGCUUUCUGAUUGUUCAUCAUCAGUGUGAGGAUUCUGGGUCUGAAAGCUCCUGAAAGACCUGAUCACACAGGACGUAUAAAAACAGGAAGUCCUCUGCACGGCAUCGUAAGAACCGUUAGAAAUCACAUAGAAAGAAGGUAACGAACACUAAAGGAUCAUUCAAACACACAAUGAUAACUUUUAUAUCAAUAACUCAAUGUGUUACAUUGAAUUCUUGAGGCACACUUUGAUUUCCUGUCAUGCCUCCACGGUGAACCUAGAUCCAAAAUCGUAGGAAAGUCUUCGUUAAUUGAAGUUACUGGUGGCCGUGUUUAACCACAGCAAAACCAUAAACAUCCGUUAACAAGCUGGUCCAGUAUUAAUCCUCAUUUAUCCACUAAUAACACUUCAGAUGAACGGUGCUCCCACAACCUGAUUUUAACUCAGCAAGACUUCUCAGAUUCCAUUCUUUGAAUCUGUAUUCACAACAAAUUAUCCUUUUAGGUGACGUUUCCCUUUAAAAGCCAUCAGAAAAGAGCUUGAACUCAAAGACACAACGGUAGGAAACGGAGAGACCAAGGAGGAUAAAGGUCAUGACGCCCCAGGUGUGGUACGUCUUACUCUUGAGGUAGGUUCCCCCCGCUGAAGUAACAUCAUUAAGAAAACACAUAAAGUAAAUCCAGUUUAGAUUAGAGAUUAAAUAUUUGUUAGAUCUAUAUCGUCCUGUGUGAUCCCGUCUCGAGGUCUACCAUCGAACCGGAGCGUCUGAUGGGCCAUCGUCGGCUCUACAGUUCAUCUCGUUGGGUUUUAGGUGCUAAGCUAAGCUAUCCGGGGCUGAUAGAGCCUUUAGUCCAUCUCUGGUGCUCUGGACCGGCCUCGAGUGUCCGUCUCCACCCGGACGCUCUGUGUGUUUCUUACAGCAACAACAACACACUUCCUGUCUCCAGUCCUGUUAGGUGCUCUCGAGCCUGGCCUCACUUCCUGUCCUCGUUCAGACCUGAGGGGCUAAAAACCUGACAAACACAAGUUAACCAGAGUCCAACCAAAUCCGGCGUUGAAGCUAAAACGCUGGUCCUUUUGAAACCAGUUCUGGAGAAAUUCAACCCGAUGUCAGGCGGAGGUGUUUUGGAUUUGGGUGUGAACUUUUUCAACUAAACCAGCAAACCUAGAUUACAGAAGACUGAACAAAACCAAUGAACUAACCCUCGUUAGCAGAGGUAGAAAUACUUGUGUAAAAAUCAAAACAACUCGAACGUCUGAAACAACACCCACAAUCCCGCCUGAAAGCUAACGCUAAACACCACCAGCGUCCUGUUUAAAGUAUUAAAGUGUUACUGUCAGACUUUCGGUUCCUCUCUCUGAGCGUUCCCGAUGUGUUCGGAAGUGUUUCAGGAGUCUGAGGCCAGGCAGGUGCUCCGUGUGUUUUUACUUUCACCAUUUUACAGCUAAAUCGUAGAUUAAACCGCCAAACUGUCAGAGAGACCUGGACACAACUAAAGAACCAGAAACACGAUUAUUGACUUUGGCUGUUUCCAAAACUAUGAGACGGUUUUUAACAAACUGCUCGAGCUUCAGGGUUCCUAAAGUCGGAGAGAAAACGUUGAAGGUUUGGUGUAAACCGAGAAAUCAGCUGUUAAAGUUUCCAUUGAAGUCUACGACGUUCGGUAAACAAAGGAACCCUGAACUCUGCUUUCUGUCCCAAAACUCUCUGAAUUAAACUUUGAACCGUCAUCAUUUAGUUUCACUCUCAGACCCCUCCUUCAGAGAGGAGGCUUCUCCUUCUGUUUGUUGGUUAGUUUGCAGUCAAACAUGGUCCAUGAUGUUUCUUCGUUUUGCCUUAAGGUGCGGUCAAACUGCGUUCAACAGAAACUGUUAUUAUAUCGUAAAGAAAACAAACAUUUCAAACCCACGUUUCAGUUUUCCUUCCGGCUUAAGUUCAACUCUCCGAACAGGAAGUCCAGUUUUUUUAUUUGCUUUUAAUAAAGUGCACGGCGUCAUGUGACCGGUUGACCUGCAACCGUUUUCUGCUCCGAGGUUUCUCUGCAUCUCAACACACAAGUAUAAGCGUCUUUGUAGAUAAAAAUGAAAUGUACAGAGCUAAGGAGGACGGGAAUAUUCAAGGGAAAAAAGUCGCACAUUUUAAAGAGAAAUCUGAUAUUAAAUGAUUAGUCGCAAAAUAACCGGGGACACAAACAUGGAACAGCAUGGGUUGACUUUGCACGAUUAAAUCCAGCCACUGGGUGUCCUGACACAUCGGAAAUGUGUUUAUCGGAAAUGUACGACUUUAAUCUCAGAUAACAGACUGAAGCUAAGCUAGCUGUGGUUAGUGUUGCUGCGAUAUGCUUGGACAAUCACAGGGGGCGGGGUUUAGGGAACAGACUCCUCCCCUUUGUGCUUUUGAUCUACAUCACGCUGAUUAUAAACCGAAUUCAAAACUCAGAUUUAUUUUUCUGAAUCUUUUCACGAAUCCUUCGGAGCAGGAAACAGUCUUUACUUUGUUUUUCCUCGUCAGGUAUUAAUUUGUCCACAAACAGGAAGUGAGCGUAACAUUUCAUGUCAGACUGCCCCCCCCUCUUCUUUUAUUCUGUCCUUCUGUUUUAUAUAAAAUAAAAAAACACUGUAAAGGUGAAUAAACUAUUUAUAAACA